CAAAAAGUGAACAACAAUAUCAAUAUAUUAAGAAGGACCAAAACAGUCGUGACCAUCGAGAUCAGUGUUUUACAAACCUCGGUUGGCAUUAGUCGUCAAUUGCGUAUUUGUGAUAAAUAACGACAAAAAAUGGGUGCCUGGUUUAGUCAUUUAAUAUGGGGUGACCUUGAUGCAAUCAACCCUGUGUCAGGGCUGUCAAAGAGAGACAUUUAUAAAGUACAAAAAUCUUGGGCCUUGGUUUAUGCCGAUCCUUUAGGUAACGGCACGGAACUACUUAAAAGGUUCUUCCGAGCGUAUCCCAAAUCACUGGAGUUUUUCAAAAUGAUCAAGCAUGUUCCAGAAAGUGAAUAUGGGAGUAACAUUCAAUUCAAAGCGCAUGUCCUCAAUUUGAUGUCUUCUUUGAACCAAGCGGUGACCAAUUUAAAUCAACCUGAGGUAGUGGUGGUGAUGAUGAACAAGCUGGGAGAGUCACAUAGAAGACGGAAGAUACAAGAAUCUAAUUUUCAAGAUUUAAAAGGAGUCAUAGUGAAUAUGUUUAUUGAAGUGUUAAAAUUGGAUGAAGCCACACUGGGAUCUUGGGGCAAGACUGUUGAAUUCUGGUACAAGCAUAUUUUCGAAACUUUAUCCAAAAAUGAAAUGACUAGUUAAUUAAAAAUAUCUAAUUUAGACUGUAUGUUAAUUGUUAGAUAGACCAAAUAAUAGACAACCAAUGUGCUUAUUUUUCAACAGAAUGUACAAAAUCUGCAAAAUACUUACUUAAAAUCCUCUGUAUAUAAAUAUAGAAAAGAGUAGAAUAGAAUAGAAAGAUUCAGAAAAAAUGAUACAAUACAGUAGAUGGAGUAAGAUAACAAAACUUUAGGUAUAUUUAUAGUUAAAAAAUAAAAGGUACAACAUUAAGUGAACACUUAAUAUAUAUUUACUUUUAACCAUUGAUAUAUUUCAAUAAAUUUGGAUUUUUAAGCUUACCAAAUACUAAUUAAUAGGACGAUUCAUUAAUCAAUGAGUGAUCGGCAUAAAAGAAUUAGAGAAUUGAUACCUAUUUUAUGAAUUGUAAUUAUUUUGACUUCCACAAAACAUUCAAUCUGUUGUUAUACAUCUGUUUCUGUUGUAUCAUCAUUGUUUUUGUAAUCUGAGUUAAGAAAAUAAAUGUUAUUUUUUCUUAUUUAAA